AGCGUGGGCUUUGCACAAGGAGGAUGGGAAUAGUGGUGUCCGGACAAAUUGAGGACGAAACACUAGUAUUAUAAUCGGAAGUUGUUUCAGUCUAAUCUCCGAAAGCUUCAGAAUCAAAGUUCGAGUCCCCGUGAUUGUUCGGAAUUCGACGGGUUUCUCUUUUAACAGCUGUACCACCGCAGCACUCGGCGGGUGUUCGCUCUUUACCUUCGGAUACUGGGUCCUGAUUUCUCAACUCAGUGCGCCAAAGUCCCCGAGUCCGUCCUCACGAUACAAACAGCUUUGUUUGGCUAACUUGAUAGCAACUUAUCUGCUAACUCCUUCAAACGAUUUGACCUCCAAACCUACCAGAAGUUAACAAUCUCUCGUCGGAAUUUUCACUUGCUAUGUGCGUUCAUUUUUGCGGGUAGAUUUCGAAAUUAAGUGCAAAUAGUUUUUAUUAUAUACACGUGUCCGGAUGACUCUGGACGCUAUCUUGAGUGAAGGGAAGGUGGAAGCCGGGAGCUGGUGUUCCUGCUAUGGCGUGAAGAUGACCCCCUACUUCUCUGAAAAUGCGGUUAUUUCACAGAAUGAAAUCAACCUUCUCAUAAGUGAGAGCUUCCUGACUGUAAAGGGUGCUGCUUUAUUCCUGCCUCGAGGAAAUGGCUCAACUGCAUCUAGAAUCAAUCAUCGGCGCAAUAAGCAUGCUGGUGACCUUCAACAGCACCUGCAAGCAAUGUUCACUCUUCUUAGACCUGAAGACAACAUUCGACUGGCAGUACGGUUGGAAAGUGCAUACAUAGAUCUCACUAGGUACAUGGUGGUGGUUUCCACCAAUGGCAGACAAGAUACAGAAGAAAGUAUUGUUUUAGGAAUGGAUUUCUUCAAAGAUAGUAGUACUUGCACAAUGGGCCUGGUUCUUCCAUUAUGGAGUGACACAUUGAUCCAUUUGGAUGGAGAUGGUGGGUUCAGUGUGUCAACAGUGAACAGAAUUCACAUCUUCAAGCCUGUGUCCGUACAAGCAAUGUGGUCUGCUUUACAGAGUUUACACAAAGCCUGUGAGAUUGCCAGGACACACAAUUACUACCCUGGGAGUCUGUACCUAACAUGGAUUAGUUAUUAUGAGAGUCGCAUCAACUCCAACCAGAGUUUCAUUAAUGAGUGGAAUGCAAUGCAGGAUCUGCAGUCUCAUCGCUCUGAUUCACCUGUCCUCUUUACUGAUGUACCAACGGAGCGAGAGCUCACUGAAAGACUAAUCAAGACUAAACUGCGAGAAAUCAUGAUGCAAAAAGAUUUGGAAAAUGUUACAUCAAAAGAAAUUCGCACAGAAUUGGAGAUGCAGAUGGUCUGUAACUUGAGAGAAUUUAAAGAGUACAUUGAUAAUGAGAUGAUUGUAAUCUUGAGGCAGAUGGACAACCCAACGGAGAUAUUUGAACAUGUCUACCUGGGCUCCGAAUGGAACGCUUCCAAUUUAGAAGAUUUGCAGAACAGAGGGAUCCGGUACAUCUUAAACAUCACCCGUGAAAUUGAUAACUUUUUCCCAGGAAUAUUUGAAUAUCACAAUAUAAGAGUAUAUGAUGAGGAGGCUACAGAUCUACUUGCAUAUUGGAAUGAUACAUACAAAUUCAUCAGCAAAGCAAAGAAAAAUGGUUCCAAAUGUCUUGUUCACUGUAAAAUGGGUAUCAGCAGGUCUGCAUCCACAGUAAUUGCAUAUGCAAUGAAAGAAUAUGGCUGGAAUUUGGAUGAAGCUUACAGUUAUGUGAAGGAAAAACGAACAGUUACUAAACCUAAUGUUGGUUUCAUGAGACAACUAGAAGAGUACCAGGGUAUCUUGCUAGCUAGCAAACAGAGGCACAAUAAGCUUUGGCGAUCACACUCUGACAGCGACCUUUCUGACCACCGUGACCGUAUUAAUAAAUCUACUGUUGACUUAAACAGAAGAGACAGCACUUCAACCACAGAGAUGCCAACUGAUCCACUUGCUGAACAUUUAUAUAAUCACCAAUUUUUGAAUGCCUCCGAUACAAUUUUACCUGGAGUUAAUGAGGAAAUAAUUGAAUUAAAUUCUGCUAUUAAUGCAGAAAAUGAAAUACCUACAAACUGUAAUCCAGAUUCCUUGCAGAGUAACAUCUCUUCAGCACCCAUGCCAAUGACAGUAACCACCAGUGGUACCACUAAAAAUUGUGCAAGUUGCACCUCUGAUACUCAUCCUUUUCAACACUGUCACCCUGACAAACCAGCCUUGACACAACAGGAACUUUCUUCUUCACCUGAAUAUCCCACGCUAUUGACUGCUUUAGUCGGUGAAUUAAAAGGAGAUGUCAGUUUAAACUCCAUUUCGUCGCCAUUAUUUGAAACUGGACCUCCGCUGCAAGAUUACAUAGCUUCACCAGAAUUAGUUGCUCCAGUCUCAUCUAAUGUAGAUGCUGGAAUUUGUAGCCGCAAUGUUGAUCGAAUUGACUUCUUCAGUGCCAGAGAAAAAUUCAUUGAACUUUCACAGGAGAGUGGGGCUCGAGUCCAAUCACACUUGAAAGCUGAAGAGCUUGGAGGAGGAAAAUACUGUGCCACAAAAACAGCUGCUCAAGAGAGCCUUGAAAAAGAGCAGCAAAUUGAGAAUGGUCUGGGACAGAUGUCAGUGGAUAACCUCCCCCAUGCAAAAGAGAAGUGUACGGAUAAUGAUACAAAAUCUAAUGAGGAAAAUCCGGUAUCGACAUCAUUUAGCAAGAAGUCUUCCUUAACCAGGUCUCAGUCAUUAAACAUUAUUUCUGUGAAAGAAAUAGUGACGGGAAUAGAGUCCAACCAGAAUACAGGCUUGUGCCAAACAAAGGCAGAAAAUGUCAUCAGUAGCCAUAUCCAAAUGCCAAAGAGGAAUACUGUUCAUGAACUAUCAGCAGAUUUCCAUUGGUCUUCUGAAAAUGGCAGUUCUGUAAAUGAAAUGUGUGCAAAUGACUCUUUAGUUGCAGAAAAUGAUGACAGUGAAAUUAAACAAAAUGGAUGUCAUCAGGUGAAUAUACCAGUCAAGAGCCAUGAGGAUUGCCAGGUGGCAGCCUUUGAAGAAUCUGUGCAGGAUGAGCUAAUAGGCCACAAACAGGUGGCAAAAUGGUGUCCUGGCUCAGUAAAACGUGCAACCAAGGAGUUUGAAGAACGAUUAAAGCAAGAGCAGGAAUAUCAACCAUCUGUAGCAACAGCAUUACCUGUCCGUAAGAAUUCUAGGAUUGAUGGAGCCACAGCUAAUGAAUUUCUGGUUACUAAUAAGAGUGGGGACAUCUCCCCUGAAGUGUGCUUGUGGAAGGAUAAAGAAAGAGGAAGGAUUACUGAAGAUCAAGAAUUGUUACUCAAAUGUAAUGAACCCCUGAAUCAAGAAUCAGCCCCAGAGAUGCACUCAAAUGAAAUAGAGAACCCAUUACAAUCAAAAGCAGAACAGGUGCAAGCUGAAGUUGGAUCUUUGAGCACUGUAGAACACAGGACGAUCCAUUCUUUUGAAACUUCUGAGGAUUUGGAUUCAUACACCCAGCUUCCUAAGAAAAUUGAGAUCAUUGAGUAUACCCAUAUAUUUAAACCGCCAACUCUGCAAGUAGGCAUUAGUGAUGUAGGAGAAGAAAAGAUUACCAUUAAAGAUGAAACAAGAGUAAAGGAAAACGAAGUUGCCAUAUUUUCUGCCAUUGAAGCCGAGUCUCCAGUGAAGGAAACUGAAGCCAUCAGACAGUCGGCACACAAUCAAAAAAUUGUUGCAGUUCAUACCACUGAUACUUUGCGGCACCCACAUCUUUUGCCAUUAUUGGAUGCUGCAGAUUUAGCCCAAAAACACAAUACAAAAACUGCAGGAAUGACCUUCCAGUCCGAUAGUCCUAAUGACGUCCCAUUAGAAUGUGAAAUUGCUUUAUUUGAUAGUGAUAGUGCCCAUUUGCCAUUAAAAGAAUAUCAAAUACCUGUCCUACACCUGGAAGGUGUCACAGUGUCAAGUACAGAUACUGAUGCAGAAAUCCAUGAUAAGGAAACUGUCCAUUUAGAGCUACAAGAAUCCAACCGAGAAAUGACAUGUUUGCAAAGAACAGAUGGCUGCAUCACAUUACUUACCCAUGAGGAUUUAGAAUCAAGUUUCAGCAGAUUUGAUGAAAGCAUCAGAGAGAUGCAAAAGAUGUUAAAUUUCUCAAAUCUUGAUCACAAUCUUCAGCAUAGCUCCAGCAAUGAUGGUAUAAAUCAUCUAAGUCGUACCCUGGGAGUUGAUAAUUGGCAGGCAAAGGAAAUUGAAGCCAAGAUAAGACGAGCAGGUCUCACAACUCCAUCACAGAUGAAACGUUCUGCAUCUAUUGCUAAGCUAGGUUACCUAGAACUCUCAAGGGAUGAUUUAUUUAAGAGCUUGGAUCCUACCAAGACAUACCAAGCACUUUCUGAUUCUGGCCAGAACACAUCGUGCAGUGUGGAAAGGACAGGUGAGAUUAGGGCUGAGUGUGCUGUGGAAGAUGAUCCCAGCAAAAAAAAGUGUGUUUCCAUUUCUGUUCUCCAAGAUCCUCAGCCCACAGAAGAACUAGAAACAUCAGAGAGUAUUGUACAAAGCAGACCUGUAGAGGAGCCUCUUGUACAACAUGCCAAAGACAGUGUGUCGGCCCAACACAGUUCAGUGGUGAGUGCAAAGCAGAAUCUUUCACAGAUAGAGCCUUCUGACACAGAUGCACCUUAUCCCACCCUACUGACAGCUAUAGCACCUCAACAACACCAUCAUAGAAAUCAUCCAUUAAAGCAAGUCCAAGCAACUAGUGAGAAAAAGCAGACAACUAGUCCUUUAUAUAAUACCAUGUAGCUCAAUUGGUUUCUGGACUAGAGGCGGAUGUGUUUUCAAAGGAACAUGCACUUUACAAUUUGUUUUCUAUAUGUUAAACAUGUAUUUUAUUUUCUUGAUGACUGCAUGUGAACCUUGGGCUUUCUGUAGUCGGUAUUGAUUUAAAUUUUUUAUGUAACUGAAUUCUUUAACCACAAGAUCCCAUUUAAAAGAGCACACCAACUAACACGGAACAAGCUUGAAAUGAAGAAAACCUGUUUGCUGUUUAACAUGCCUCUAAAUUGAAAUCAGGGAAAAGCUACUCUUCACGAUAAUUUCAUUUGUACAAAUUUAAUGUCACUUUUCUACUUAGCAUUUCUUGCCAUUCAUAAUGUAUUUAGUCUGAAUUCCCUGUCCCCAUCAAAACAAAAGUGUGUAAUCUUGUGAACAUGAUUAUUGAGCCCUUGAAGGUUAGGGAAUAAUGGAGUGCAGCAGGUCAUGCACACUAAACAUCCACAAGCUUGCUUAAAUUACAGAUCCAUUCACUCUGCAGGUCUACACAGAGACUGUUGGAUGCAUUAUUUUAAUCUUCUCAAUGUGCUGAAAUUGUUCAAUUUCAAUCAAGAUGAAAUUGGUUUACAUUUUUUGUUAGUUUGCAUGUUCCUUUAAGAUGGUCUACAUUCAGGGUUAAUGUGAAUUAUUACUUGAACACUGCAUUAGGCGUUUCAUGAACCCUUCCAUAUCGGAAUCCUUGUAACUGAUCUGCUUUUUUUUAUUUUUCUGGGUAUUCCGUCUCUAAAGUUCUGUCCAUUGGAAGGAUAUAAAUUCAUCUUAACCAUAAUGGGGAAUUCUUUUUCAAUGAGAUUUAUCUUUUAACGGCACAACCUUUUUUUAUUAGUUUUAUAAAUCACUGAUAUGAAUACUUUUUGUAUUUUGUUAAUGCCGUUAAUCUAAAUUUACUUUCUUUGUUCCUGCUUUAUAAAAUUCAACACUUUCCCCUUUUCCCUACCCCCACAGCACCUCCAUCCUGCUUGGGAGUACAAUUUGAUAAAGACUAGGAUUCUUACAUUAAACUGGAAUAAAUUUAAUUGCAAUAUGCUAUCUACUUCAAUUUGGUGACAGUGGUAGGAGCAUUAGUCUUCCUUGUAUCAACAGGCAUUUGUACUAUUAAGAAUAAUAUUACUGCAUCUGAUUGUACUGUGAUACACAAGCUUCAAGUUGUACUGGAAAUUUUUGGAAAAUAAGCUGAGGAUUUCGCUAAUCUUGUAAUGAUUCUCCUUCCCAAAUACUGUUUUCCUGCAUUCUCAUCUAAACUUGCUAAUAUUAUGUACCAUAUCUAGAGUGCGCAAUUCUUCUUGGUGUAAUAAAAGCUGUAAGGAUUUCUA